AUGAUGAAAUUGUCCGUCGGUGCUAAAGAAGGAAUUGUCGUGGCCGGUGGAAAUGGAAUCGGAGAUAAUGCCGAUCAGUUUUCACGACCCGCUGCGGUAGUCGUCGAUGCCAUGGGAACGAUCUAUAUUGCUGACAAUUGGAAUAACCGAAUCGUACGUUGGUCGAAAGGUGCUAAAUCGGAUACUGUCAUUAUUGGUGGAAAGAAUGCAAGUGAUAAGAUGGCCAACCUCACUACUCCUGAACAUUUGACCUUUGAUCGACAUGGAAACUUAUAUGUGACUGAUACUGGCUAUCAUAGAAUCCUGAAAUUCGCUAUUGACAAAAGUUCUUGUCUUUAA